GCCCCGCCCACGACGCGCCGCCGCACGCGCAUGCGCAGUGCCCGCGGGGGCGACCAGGGGUCAGGACGCCGGAGGGCCCUUGGGGCAGGACCGGCCAUGGCAGCGCUGCGACUGCUGUACCAGGCUGCCCGUGCAGGCCCCCUGGCCCCACUGGGCUCCCUGCGCCCGCUCAGCACCAGCACCCCCAGGGACUGUUACAAGUACGUCAACGUCCAGGAGCCGGCCAUGGACAUACGAUCCAUCACUGACCGCGCCGCCCAGACCCUGCUCUGGACCGAGCUCGUCCGAGGCCUGGCCAUGACCCUGAGCUACCUUUUCCGUGAGCCGGCCACCAUCAAUUACCCGUUUGAGAAGGGCCCGCUGAGCCCGCGGUUCCGCGGGGAGCAUGCGCUGCGCCGGUACCCGUCCGGGGAGGAGCGCUGCAUCGCCUGCAAGCUCUGCGAGGCCGUGUGCCCGGCACAGGCCAUCACCAUCGAGGCCGAGCCCCGUGCCGACGGCAGCCGCCGCACCACCCGCUACGACAUCGACAUGACCAAGUGCAUCUACUGCGGGUUCUGCCAGGAGGCCUGUCCUGUGGAUGCCAUCGUGGAGGGCCCCAACUUCGAGUUCUCAACGGAGACGCACGAGGAGCUGCUCUACAACAAGGAGAAGCUGCUCAACAACGGCGACAAGUGGGAGGCCGAGAUUGCGGCCAACAUCCAGGCUGAUUACCUGUACCGGUGAUGGCCCCCACCCGCCCCCCAAAUAAAGUGUUUGGGGGUUCACCCCCUCUGUUGGCACUGUGGGUGCCAGCCCCUUCCCAUAA